AUGGGGAAGCAGCUUCAAAGUCCUUAUACCCCAUGUAUCCAAGUGGUUGGAUCUGUUGAUGGGUUCCACAUUCCCAUCCUCAAGCCAAAUGAUAGUCCUGAGGAUUAUAUCAACAGGAAAAAAUUCCAUUCAAUUAUUCUUCAAGCAUUGGUAGACAGCAAUUAUUUGUUUCGAGAUAUUUAUGUUGGUUGGCCUGAUAAGGUACAUGACUCAAGGGUGUUCAAAAAUUCCUCAUUGUUUACUUCGUGCUGCAACAGGUCCUUUCUCCCUCAAGGCCUUGCUAAAGUUAUCUCAGGACAAGCUGUACCACCAUUAAUCAUAGGAGACUCUGCAUAUGGUUUGCAAGAUUGGUUGAUGAGGCCCUUUAAAGAUCAUGGGCUUCUCACCAGGGAGGAGACAAAAUUUAACCAUGUCCUCAGUGUAACAAGAAUGGUAGUAGAAAAUGCUUUUGGAAGGUUGAAGGGAAGGUUCAGGUGCCUUGGCAAGAGGUUGGACCUUUGUCUGGAGAACUGCGUUCUUGUUACAAGUGCUUGUUGCAUUCUGCACAACUUUUGUGAGUUGAGAAAUGAAGAGUUUGAUCCACUGUGGCUGAACGGUGUCAACAUUCACAACUUUCACCCAGGAAAUGCUGUUUAUAGGCAGGACAGGAAUGCAGUCGCAAUAAGGGAUCCAAUCAAAAGCUACUUGGCCUAAAGCUUGAAAUUUCAAAAGGUUAAUAAAGUUUGGGGACAGAGAUAUGCAAUUUAAGUAAUGGGAAAUUUAA